GCCGUGGACAGGGCGCGGCCGACAACGGCUGCUCUUGGCGCCGCCCGGGCGAGGCUGCGGCGCGGCUCCCGCUCCAAGAUGGCGGCGCAGAGGAGGAGCCUGCUGCAUAGUGAGCAGCAGACAAGCUGGACAGAUGACCUGCCCCUCUGCCAGCUCUCUGGAGUGGGCUCUGCUCCCAACCGGUCCUAUGGCGCAGAUGGCAAGAGCACUGAUGGGCACCCCUGGGAAGACAACUGGCUGAAGUUCCGGGGUGAGAAUAACUGUUACCUCUAUGGGGUCUUCAAUGGCUACGAUGGCAACCGAGUCACCAACUUUGUGGGCCAGAGGCUCUCUGCAGAACUGCUGCUGGGCCAGCUCCACACAGAUCACAGUGAUGCUGAUGUGUACCGAGUCCUGCUGCAGGCUUUUGAUGUGGUAGAAAGAAGUUUCCUGGAGUCCAUUGAUGAUGCUUUGGCAGAGAAGGCCAGCUUGCAGUCCCAGCUGCCAGAGGGGGUGCCCCAGCACCAGCUACCUUCUCAGUACCAGAAGAUUGUGGAAAGGCUUAAGGCCGUAGAGCGGGAAAUCUCUGGAGGAGCCAUGGCUAUUGUGGCAGUCAUUCUCAACAACAAGCUCUACAUCGCCAAUGUAGGUACAAAUCGCGCACUUCUGUGCAAGUCUACUGUGGAUGGGCUGCAGGUGACACAGCUAAACGUGGACCACACCACGGAGAAUGAGGAUGAGCUGUUCCGCUUCUCUCAGUUGGGUUUGGAUGCAGGGAAGAUAAAGCAAGUGGGAACUAUCUGUGGGCAGGAGAGCACCCGGCGCAUUGGGGAUUACAAGGUCAAAUAUGGCUACACUGAUAUCGAACUCCUCAGUGCUGCUAAAUCUAAGCCUAUCAUAGCAGAGCCUGAAAUCCAUGGAGGACACUCCCUGGAUGGGGUGACUGGUUUCCUGGUGCUGAUGUCAGAAGGACUCUACAAAGCUCUGGAGGCAGCUCAUGGGCCUGGGCAGGCCAACCAGGAGAUUGCAGCCAUGAUAGCCACCGAGUUUGCUAAGCAAACUUCGCUGGAUGCUGUAGCUCAGGCUGUGGUGGACCGGGUGAAACGGAUCCAUUGCGACACCUUUGCUAGCGGUGGGGAGCGAUCCAAGUUCUGCCCCCGGCAUGAGGAUAUGACUCUGCUGGUGAGGAACUUUGGGCACCCACUGGGUGAGAUGAGCCAGCCCACACUGACGCCAACACAAGGAGGCCGCAUCUACCCUGUUUCUGUGCCAUACUCCAGCGCCCAGAGCACGAGCAAGACCAGCGUGACACUGUCCCUUGUCAUGCCUUCUCAAGGCCAGAUGGUCAAUGGUGCCCACAGUAGCUCCACUCUGGAUGAAGCCACCCCAACUCUUACAAAUCAGAGCCCAACUGUGACUCUCCAGUCCACCAAUACCCAUACUCAGAGCAGCAGCUCAAGUUCAGAUGGGGGCCUCUUCCGUUCCCGUCCCACCCAUUCCCUCCAGCCUGAUGAAGAUGGACGUGUAGAGCCCUAUGUGGACUUUGCAGAGUUCUACCGGCUUUGGAACAUGGACCAUGGUGAACAGGGAGUACUCACGGUGUCAUAAUGUGGGGAGAAGAAGGGAGAGGCAUCCUGCAACCACAGUGAGCUCAACAGAGACAAACAGGCAAAGACUAGGGUGAGGUUGAAAUAGGUCCAGGUGGUAGCCAUGUUCUGCCGUGGAUUCAGCCCUGGUUCAGGAUGCGAUGAGCCCAGGGGUGGGGUGCUGGUGUAGCUGUCUCAACACACGUGUUGCCUAUGUCCUUCAUCUUCUCCUUAUCCACCUCUUUUCCUGGGAAAUGUGGAUAUGGGAAGGGGUCAUGAAUCCUAACCCUCAUCAUGAAUAUUAUGGACAUAAGUAGUGAGGGCUGUGUUAGGGAGAGGGCAAGAGCAGGUGUCUGUACAAUAUGCAUAUAAGCUCUUCUUAUGGACUGAGGUGCGAAAAACUAUGCUGUGAUACCGGUGUUUAACCCCAUAGAAGAUACCUCUGUUUUGCAGAAUAAAUAACUUAUAACUGCUGUCAUUC